AUAAAGCAAAAUCAAAUAAAAGAAAAGGAACAAAAUAUAACUACAACAAAACGAGCAAUGUACAUGUAGCUUUCCUGGUUCUGGCCAUAUUUACUCUCUCGCUCUUGCGCUUACUCCCCUGAAAGUACCCCCAACACAGCCCUACCUUCACACUCGCUCUCUCUGUCCCUGUUUCUCCAUAGCAUUUGAACAUAUAAAUUAAUUUAUGCAACGGCAGCGAAAGAAUAUCAAAUAAUCAUUACAAUUACAAACAGCAGUAGCAGCAACAACAACAACAAGAGCAGGAGACCGGUUAGCGAGGGUUGCUUAUAAAUGUACCAAGACAGCGGCUGCAGCAGCAGUAGCAGUCGACGUGGCAGCAGUGCAGCAGCAACAUCAGCGGCAGCAGCAGCAGCAGCAACAGCAACAGCAACAGCAACAGCAACAACCAGCAGUAAAGACGAGAAACCACUUGAGACUCUUACAAUUAUAACUACAACAACAAUAACUGAAACGGAAAUCAAUGCAGCAGCCACCACAACAACAGUUAUAGCGGCAACAACAACAACGACAGCAGCAGCAACUACCAUAGCAGCAGCGGAAGUGCUUACAAGCGAUGCUGAGGCUGAAACUAGCCAAUCUUCAGCUCCUGCACCGGCACCUCAGGCCAAGCCGAUAUCCGCACCAAUACCUUUAUACUCGGCGCCGCAGAGACAACAAUACAAUAACGCUCCAAGCUAUUUACCGCCAGUUUCUGUGCCAGUAGUUGCCGCUGCUUCCGCUGCGUUAAGCGCUGAUGUGCGAUUAUUGCGUAAAAUUGGCUAUAUAGCGUCACGUGUACGUCGAUUGGCCAAAUUUUAUGGUGACUUCCGUUUAAAAAAUCCAUAUAGUGCCCGUCGUCAGCGCCGGCAAUUGCAAGAGAUUAUAUUAAAGCAUUCGAUAUUCGAUCCGGGUAAAGAACGCGAAAGAGCUUUGCUCCUGGCUGCGGCAGCUGUUGCCGUUGGUGCAGCUCUACCAGGACCAACAUCAACAACAGUUGCAGCUGUAAGUAUUACUGGUAGCAUCAAUAGUGCUAGCGGUAGCAAUCGCUCACUAAGCAUUGAGCGCGAAGAAGAGGAAGAAGUCGAAGCCGAAGAAGAGGACGACUUUGACGAAGCGAAUUCAAUAGCAACUGGAGUAGUAGGAGCGGACGAUAUAAUACAUCGGGUGGAUCAGGUGGAAGUGGCCAUAGCAACGACGACAACAGCAACAACGACUGCAACAGCAACAACUGUGCUCCGCAAAUCGUCGACUAGCUCGACAGCAGCCAGUGCUACACCAACAGCGUCUGGUUCUGUUUCAUUUUCGGCCUCCGCAUCAAUUAAUACCAGUUCGUCAAUUGGCCUGCUCGAAGAAUUACUCAUACAAUUUUACGAGGAUCAAUUUCAAGCAGAGCAUCAGCACCGCAGUAACUUGACAGUCAUACAUCGCCAGCAUCAACAUCAGCAACAACAAAAUCAUCAUUUUGUCACCUCCGAUUCACGAAAUAAUAACAAUCAUAAUAAUAACAAUAACGGUUUUGCCCUAACCAUGUCCACAUCCUUGUCGAAUAUGACAGCUGACGAUAGCCAACAGCAACAACAACAGCAGCAACAGUUGCCCACGAGUAGCAGCAGCAGCACUGUUGUCGGUGCUUUCCUACAGCCCAUUUCACUGUCCGAUGCUGCAACGGGCAAUGAUAAUCCACGUCGCCGUCGUGCCAGCGACUGUUCGGCUGCUCUCUCCAAUCAGCUGCACUGCAUCACACUAAAGAAUAACAAUUGUGCCACGACAACAGCAACAACCAGCGGCAGUAACAACACAGUUUCCACAACAGGCAACCUGCCGUUCCAUCGCGGUAGCUGUGGAGCUGCUGGUGAACAUUUACUGGCCGCCAAUUCGAUUGCCAAUCGAGCCACUAUCAUUUUAAGUAAAUCCUGCAACAAUGUUGAUGGCGAUUCAAAUGCAAUGGGCAUCGGUAUCGGUGGCAUAGGCAUUGGUGGCAUGAGCCACAUUGGGGUUACCACAGCGAAUAAGCUGCGCGCCAGCUCAACGGAUAUCGAAUCGAAUGCGCUAAAUGGUGCCAGAGAUGCCAUGGCAACAAUUGCCGCUGCAGCGGCUGCAUCAAACAAUGGGAAUGGUAACAAUGAGUAUAGCAUAUUGCAACUGAACAACACGAUCAUUCAAUGUCAUUUCAACGAUGAUGAUUUUCGCGCUCUGGUCAAGGAUCUAAAGCGCAAGGUUGAGUACACGGAGCGCAUGAAUUGGUUAUGCCUCUCCAAGCGGCCAUUGGGGCCACCGCAUCGUAAAAGCAGUCUACCAAAGCAUCAGGAAGUGAAGCGUCGCUUUCUGGAAAUUUGUGAUACCAAUUUCUCCGACGAAGUGAAGGCAGCAUUGCGUCUGCCAGCUUUCGAUUCAUACGAAUGGAGCGAUGCGGAUGUUAUUCAUCUAAUGCAGACCAUGUUCAUCGAAUUGGGUUUUAUUGAGAAGUUUAGCAUACCGGUUGAUACGCUACGGGAAUGGCUCUAUGAGGUAUACAAACACUAUAAUGAGGUGCCAUUUCAUAAUUUUCGGCAUUGUUUUUGCGUAGCUCAAAUGAUGUAUGCCAUAACACGUCAAGCAAAUCUACUAACCCGUAUUGGGGAUUUGGAAUGUCUAAUACUAUUGGUGUCCUGCAUUUGCCAUGACCUGGACCAUCCAGGAUAUAAUAAUAUCUAUCAGAUUAAUGCACGAACUGAACUAGCACUCAGAUAUAAUGACAUUUCCCCGCUAGAGAAUCAUCAUUGUUCGAUAGCCUUCCGCUUACUGGAGCAUCCCGAAUGUAAUAUAUUCAAGAACUUUAACCGUGACACCUUCAAUACCAUACGUGAGGGUAUCAUUCGGUGCAUUCUGGCCACCGAUAUGGCACGCCAUAAUGAGAUUCUUACUCAAUUCAUGGAAGUUACACCCAACUUCGACUAUGGAAAUCGGGCACACAUUAAUCUGCUGUGUAUGAUACUUAUCAAGGUGGCCGACAUAUCGAAUGAAGCACGACCCAUGGAUGUGGCUGAGCCUUGGCUGGAUCGUUUGUUGCAAGAAUUUUUCGCACAAAGUGCGGCUGAAAAAUCGGAGGGAUUACCAGUGACACCAUUUAUGGAUCCGGAUAAGGUAAGCAAGCCGGGAUCUCAAGUGCGUUUUAUUGGUUUGGUGCUAUUACCGCUAUUCGAGGCUCUUGGUGAAUUGGUGCCGGAAUUAACAGAAUUGAUUAUCAUACCAGUGCGCAUUGCUCUCGAGUACUACAGGCGCCUUAACGAUGCUCAGACAAAGACUCGAAAAUCUGUGGCAGAUAGCAACACUUCGGACAGCAAUAGUGGCACCAUGGACUCAAAUGCCGCUUUGGUUAGUACACCGGGCAACGACAAAACAACGAUGACACUGGAUAAAUCUACAAGUGGUGGAACUAGUCCUGCUGCUCCACCUGGAGGCGGAAGUGGAGGAGGACCGACAAUUGGCAGUGCAUCUGGCGGUGGCAAUGUUUCUCCACAAAUGCCACGCUCUGGCUCUGGCAUCAGUGUUAAAUCACGACGUAGCAUUCCAUCACAGAAAUCAGCAUCGAGAACUUCAGUGGAUGAACCAGGUGGAAUGGCCGCUGAGUUGCAUGAUCUGCCCGAGGGUAGUGAGAGCGGAGAUUCAGAAACAGCCACUGAAGUGGAUGUGGCCGAAAAGACUUCCAAAUUCAAAGUGGACACCGAGGGCAGCAGCAAUCGAAGCAAAUCUUCCCAUUCGACGUCGCGGAAAUCUUCACGCGAAAAACGCCCCUCCAUGGUGGGGGAAUUGUGCAGCAGCGGCGGUGGUCAGCGUAUACGCAACUCCUAUGGCAAUAUACAUGGCUAUCAUAGCAAUCGCUGUCAUUUCGGUAACAAUCGUGCCGUCAGCCUAGAUCAAUAUAGCACUAGCAGCAAUAAUCGUCGUCUCUCCGAUGGCCUGCCGCAGGUAAUAUCCGAUAGUAAUGUCUUCUAUGGACGUCACAAUCGAAGCAGUCUAGAGGCGGGCGCAGUAGCCGCGGCAGCAACGGCAACGACAACUACCACAGCAAUGCGUCCACAUGAGGAUAAAAAUGCCAAUACCAAUUUAAAACAGCAACUGACUACCACAGGAGCUAUCGAAUUGGUAGCUGCAGCAGUAGCAACGUCAUCAUCGGCCAAUGGCAACAUCUCCCCAAGUCAGCAGCAACCAUAUCAGACAUUGGCCAGCAAUGGCAGCACCAGGAGCAGCGAUAGCAGCACUCGAACUCCAGCGUCUGCUGUCGCAAUUGUUGGCAGCAACAGCAGCAGCACUGCCGGCGGCGCCGCAGGGGUCAGUGGAAGCGGCAGCGGUAGCGGAUGGAAAUCUCGUCUACGUCAAUUCUCCGACUACUUUAGUUUUAGCUUUGACAAGGGCAAUAAACGUUUCGGUAGCACACGCAGCAGUCCUUGUCCGGGUCGCGCCAACAAUAAUGCUGCUGCAGGUGACGUUGGAGCUCCUGCUGCUGGUGGCGGUGGCGGUGGUGGUACUGCUGCUGGUUCAAAGUCUGGUUCCACCAGCUCAGAGGGUGUCGGCGUUGGUAAAUUUAGCACCUGCUGCACCAUAUCGAAUGCCGGUGGUGUCUCUGGUAAUGCUGGUGAUGCACUUGGGACAGCUACAAGCACCCAUCGCCAUCGGGCGUAUAGCCUAGAUGUACCCUGCAGCGGUCGCGGCGGUAUUUCUGGCCUGACACGUUAUUCUUCGGGCGAUAGUAGUCGCAAAUCGUCACGUCUAGAUGAUGGCAGCAGCAAUAAUACCCUACACAGCUCCGAGGCAGCAACUGGUGUUGUUACUGCAGAUGGAGUGGGAGGAGGGACUUUUGCUGGUACAACAAAUGCUGCCGCCCUGGCAUCUAGUCUAAGUAUUGAUAUGGGUUUGGCCAGUGUCUCAAUAUUGGAGGCAGGACCAAAGAUUUGA